AUGUCGUUUGGACGGUGGGGUGUUAUGGGACAAUCGGGGACCUCUACUACCACAACAGACCGCCCUUCGCCUAUUACAGCUCGAGCUUCGGCUAUUACGAAAGACCCCUUUGUAGGGUUCGUCGUUGCGUCAGCUACAACCAAACCGAUAUAUUGUCCUGAUGGCGACGUAUUCACCACAUCGGCCAAAUUUGCAGCAUGCUGCGCUUCGACGGCAUCCUCUUGUGCUAUUGCUACGGGCUGCGAAGACAAUGCGAUGGCAUAUUCGAAAGGCGCAACGUCUAACUGCGGUCCAAUGCGAUGCCAAACACGACAAAUCUUUUCAACAUACGGAAUAGGGGAUCCGGUUCUCAUGCCCCUCUGUGCUAGCUCCGGCGAAAUAGAACUGUUAUAUCGGACAGUACCGACGACUUCAAGUUUAGUCCUCCCUCUUACAGCUGUUGACACCACCGGCGCAUUAUCAACACGCCCGCCAAUGAUGGUCACAAUCAUGGGCGCCAAUGGCUACCCAGAGCCAGUAGCAACUGCCGUACAAGCUAAUCAAGGCACCCAUGCGACAACUGACUCCCUAUCACCUAACUUAGUUGGUAUAAUUGUCGGCUCUACGUUUGGGUCUGCAGCGAUUGUGGCAUUGGCGGUGGUAGCAUUCUUGUAUGGGCGAAGGCAAGACAGAGAAAAGCGAGCGGUCCAAAAUCACGAGCGAAAUUGGAAAAUACGACCGGAGACACCGGAGUCAUGGGACAGGGAAUCUAAUAUCUCUGUAGCAGGUUCAAAACGGAGAUAUUCAGACCCUUACAGGAGCAGACCGAUCGAAUUAUCGCCCAUGCCCAGGACACGGCGAUGA